AUGAUUAACAACGAUGAAGUUCAAUUAUUAUUAACAUCAACAUUCUUUAAAGUAUUCAAAAACAAGUAUUUAUUUUAUCAAUUAUUCAAUGCAGUCAAAGAAGUUCAUGAAUUGAUAGAACCCGUUUCUAGUUUGUACACCAAUCGGUACUCAUUUCAAGAUGCAACUAUUACAUGGGUAUCAUAUAAUCGAUUCUACCGAUUAUUGAAUGACAUUUUACGUUACUGUCCCCAAACCAUCAUUAACACUCAGAAUCCCUAUACUGACCUGUCAGCUCUACUCACCAAUCCAGAGUUGACAGAACCAGACUUUUUCAAGAUAGUCGAUCUAUGUGUCAAAGAGAAAACCCUUUCUCCUUACAUUUCAAUCGUGUUGGAGUAUCUAGCUGGCAAUCGUUUCUAUUAUAAUCCUCCAAAUAGUCCUUCAAGAUUCAUUAGAGCAUGCCAUUAUUUGCGUGAACAGUCAAAAGACAUAUUGGCAGCCAACUUGCUAUACACAAAUAGAAUCAUUAAAACCGUCGUGAUUUCAUCAAACUAUGAAAUAUUUCAAUAUGUUUUAGAGUCGUUGGGUCCCAAGAAUGCGCACCUUAGAGACUUGCUUGAAGUGGCAUCCAUUCUUCCACCAUCACCAGACAAUCAACUCAUUCUCCGAUACAUAUUGGACUGCAGCGAUAAAAGAUAUCUAUCAUAUAGAAAUAUAAACUUUUUCAAAACUGUUGCCAUUGGUAAUGUGGCAGCUCUUGAAAUGUUGGAUAGGAGAAUGAAAAUACCUUCUUUGCAAGACCAUCACUCAAUGAAUUGUGGUGGAAUAUCACCUAAGACAAUGGAGGUUGCAUGUCUAUUUGGACGUUUAGAUGUGGUCAAGUUUUUACACUAUAAUAGAAGUGAACUAGGAACAAACAAGUGUUUGGCACUUGCUGCAGUAUCAAAUAAUCCAGAAUUAAUUAAAUUUCUACACACAAAUAGAAGUGAUUGUGGAUCAUUGUCAUCGGUUGUUCCAUAUAUCCUCCAACGAUCAAAAUUGGAAGAGGAUAUGAAAAAGUUGGAUAAAAAGACUAGAUUUAGUCAUUUCUCAAAUCACCGUAUCGAUUAUUCCAACUAUCUUGAAUACAACCAAAAGAAUAGUGAUUAUUUUGCCUACCUCUAUUAUGCUCAAUCUUUUGAUAAUAUUUUUAAUUUUGGAAGCACCAAUUCAACAGUUUUUGAACACUACCUACAAAAAGAGGCUUUUGUGGGCUUGUGGAGGGAUAUGCUUCGAGAUGGAUAUAUAAAACAUCAAAUCGAUGAAAAGAAAAAGCAAAAGAUCAUAUCUGAUAGAAAGGAAAUUAUUCAAUAUCUUCAAGACAAUAAUGUAAUCAAUCAAACAACAAUUCCCAAUAUCAACUCGUAUCCUAUAAACAACGAUCCAAAAGUAAAAUAUUUUGGUGCAGAAAAUUCUUUUAUAAAUAUGUUUAAUCUUUAUAAAGGUCCAAUUCCAAAGGUACAAUUUAACCAAGAUAUUUUGGUUAUUGAAUAA